AUGGCUUCGGAAGCGGCUUUCGUUGAGAAAUUUGUGGGUGUAUCGUUUCCAUCCUCCACGGCAUUUGGGAAGAUCUCAAAUGAAUACAUGAAGGAUAACUUUGUGAUAUUUGUGCUAAUCGAAGCACCAACAAUUUUUUGCAUCACGAAUGGGUGUACUACAAAUGCAGCAGGCGCCCUCCAAGACCAACGGAAAGCCGUGGAAUCCGAAGAAGCUAGUAAGCCGAGCUCCGGAAUGGUUCAUUUCGGUAAUGUGACCAACAAUCGACUGGAGAAUACGAACGGACGCCUUAAUGAUCGGGUGCACCACUCCGACACGUUGUCUGUCCGUUGUCUGUUAAUGACGUCCUACGCAUUACAUGAUUUCAACGGUCAAAUGAACGCUCCUCACGAAGAAGAAAAUGCGCCUCACACAAAGACGUAUGUAAACUUUAAAACGACCAAUAUAUCUCAAAAUUUCAACACGUCCAUUUUGAACCUUUUCUCCGUUACUGAUGGAUGCAUUAAAUCCUGGUGCCUCAGUUUCACGGAUUCACGGAUUGAUACACAGGAUCGAGGCUAUUGCCCAAGUCUCCCGGGUCGGUUUUGUUCUUGUCGGUCAGUGGCUGUCGUUCACCUGAAAGGCACAAGCUUGCUGAGGAUCGACUGUGCCAGCUUUGCUGGCGUGAUUUUUCCGGAGAAUGACCCCCAGAUUAUUAGUCUGAUUUCCAUUAGGUGUCUGUCCACUAGAGACGCUGUGGCGGUUUUUAUAGCUGCGUCAGAAAGUUGUAUGACUUUCUUCUCAGCCAUGGGACCCGGUAUGGACAUCGCGAGGUAUUGGUUCAGCGAGGAAAGUUCCUUGUCGACUUUCGCCCAGGUCGCUGCAUUCUUAGCGCCUGAGUCCUCCAGUGCCUUCGAAAGACGCUCUAAUUUCGCGUCGAGUAUCCCGAUUAAAGCGGAACACUGGCAGUGGUCUUUCGGCAUCUGCACUGGGGAUUGGGUACCGUUUCGGGGGACUCUUCUCUUCGCUGCGCUGGACUUAACUCGGUUCGAAGUGGAUAUACAAGAUUAUCGAGUCACUUUUUUAUCGCGAAAAAAAGAGGACAAAGCCGACAAUCAUCAGCUCUCCUGGGGUGUCAUCAUCAUCAUCAUCGACAGCAUGACAUCAGUGUUCAACACCGAUGCUUCACUGCCGUACAACCAUGACUUAUUUGAAAGCCUUAUUGUAAAGAAAAGAGUAAAGUGCUGGACCUACAAGGAGAGGGUUAUUAAUGGGGUGGGGAGGGAGGGAAGAAAAAGUAUGUGGAAGAGAAAGAAGAGAGGCGUCAGCAGUAGCCUGUUUUCGCAUACCUGCCCUGCUGUAUGCAGCAACUUUUCUUUCCCGUUCACAUACGUCUUCCUCCCCCUCGACUCGAAAUCUAUCUUCAAGCUUCGACGCUCAGUUUGCCUAGUUUUAAUGUCAAUACUCCAAAGAGGAAAACGAGUCGUUCCUGCCACCACAUUGGAUUCAUUCGGCAAUAAUGUGUGCUGUGUAUUAGGGACAAGAAUUCAGGAUGCAAGCACAGUGAUUGAGCUAACUGCCAUAUCACUCCAGUCGCUUCUGGCUGCGCUUUUCUAA